AUGGAAAGUAAAAGUGAAUACCUGCUCAAAAAAGAGGCUGAGCUGAGACGCAUAAAUGACGAACUUGAAGCUGAGUUUCAGCGAGCCCAAAUGGAGCAAGACAUUGAUUACCCUUUGUCUGAUAAUAAGCCGUCAAAAGAUAUUCAAGAUAGCUAUGAUUAUGAAGAAGAUGAAGUGGAAGAUAAACAGGAAGAAGACUAUAAGGAAGAAGAAGAAGAAGAUUCAAAAGAAAAACAAUUCGAUACUGGAUAUUACCAGCCUCAAGAACUUGGAGCUUUACAAGAAGAUUUAUCUGAAGCACAAUCGAUCAUCAAAUUUCAAAAAGCCCGAAUCCAAGCUUUGCAGGAAGAACUCAACGAAGCAAUGUCAACAAUUAAUGACCAAGCUCAACAGAUAGAAAACCUGCAAGGCUACAACCAAGCUGCCUCAGAAGAUACCAAAAAACAUUCUCAGCAGCUUCAAAUCAUGUCGCAAAAUUUUGAAAAAAUGAAAAAGCAGUUCAACGAAGCCCAGCAGAAAAAUAAUUUGCUUGAAAAACAAAUAGUUGAGCUUGAAAAAGAAAACUCUCUGUUAAAAGCCAACGAAAAACGUUCCUCAAAGGAUGCAUCUUCUAGGGAUGUAAGACUUAAUAGACUGAUUGAAGAGGUGGAAAGGUAUAAAAAUCAAAUAAAAGAGCUAAAGGCUAAUGAAGGAGACUCUAAUGAAAAAAACCGAAAAGAAAUAGAAAGGCUGAACCAAGACAAUAAAAGAUUAGAAAGGCAGAAGACUGAAAUUUUGACUGCGUUUAAAAAACAAUUAAAACUGAUUGAUAUUUUGAAGAGGCAAAAAAUACAUCUAGAAGGAGCAAGACUAUUGGCAUUUACUGAAGAAGAGUUUAUGAAAACUUUGGAGUUAGGUGAUAAGCUUUAA